GUGUUUUGUAGAACACAUUCGUAUUCGGGGCUUGUUUUCCGUUGGAUGGGGAUAGUGGGGAGGGGGUUUCAAAAAUUCAGUCACCACCGCCUGAAAUAACGCACAAUACAAUGCAGUACGUGAGUUUUCGUGAAAUUUCGCCAACGACUGUUCCGUCAAACAGAGAAAACAGGCUCGUCGUGUGCGGGCAAGUGUGUGGGCUUGCUCUUACUCUGGUUAUCACCGGGGGGAUCCUAUUAUCGACCGCCACAAACCACUGGGCGCACGACGCCGACGAUGUGCACUUCGGUCUCUGGAAAGUAUGCCAGCGAGAGGACCACCGCGCAGUCGAGUGUUUGCCGUACGUUUCAGUGCCGGAACAUGUGUACGUGUGUCGAAUUUUCAUGGUGAGCGCAUGCGCACUAUCAUCGCUGAGUUUCAUCUGUGCUGGGUAUGGAUUUCUAUGGAAGCAUCCACAAAGAAUCUAUGUAGCAGCAGGUUUUAUGCUGGUCGAUGAUCUCUUCGUCUUUGCCGGUACAGUCAUAUUCACAGCUUACUACUAUUCUCUGUACAGUAUAUCUUACGGUGUCAUAGUUGCCUGGGUGAUGAUGCCGCUAGCUCUCAUAACAGCCGCCAUGUUCCUGCUAAGCAGCCGUCGUCGUCGCCCUGGUAACCGGUUGCUGAGAAACGCGACGGCUGCACAUUAUGGUAGCCUACAUAGAAAACAACUACUGGAAAAUGAAGACGAUUAUUAAUACACCUACCACCAUAAAUCGCGCCCUCUAGUGGCGACGCCCUCCCGCGACGUACAUGUGGAUAAAAGAUGAUUCACAGCAAGGUCAAUAUUGUUUAUUACAUCAGUGGUUAUCGCCAACGCAGUAUUUGCUUUUAGAAACAUUGUUCCAUUUACAUCACUUUGACUACAGGGAAGCAUUUGGCCCGUAGAGGGCGUGCCUUAUAGAUGGCGUAGUAUGAAGGUUUGAAUGUUGUGACCUGUGUCUCAACGUUGUUCCAGUUUUCCUAAUUUUCUAAUUUCGUUACAAAUGCGAAAAUUAUACAACUGUUUUUUGAUGCAGUUGUAAAAAAUACAAGACCAUAGAGCUGCUAUUUCUUGAUCGAAAGCUUAUAUUUUCAAUUUUUAUUAUUUUUCUUACAUGUUGUUCAAGUUGAAUCACUGAGGUGCGAAUGAAUGAAUCAAUGAAAUAAACUUUAUCAUUACCGUUUGUCCCACCUCCUGUAAUAUAUGUAUUAUAAUAUUCUAAUUUUAAUUUUCGUGGUGAGGACUCAUCAUAAUUAUAUGUAACGCACUGUGCUCCACCAAGAGUUCCAGCGAAAUGCCUUUCGUUCAAUUAAACGACAUGACGUCAUUUAAAUCAGCAACGUUUACGCCAAGACAUCAUUGCUUUAGAACUCAAACCAAAUAUAUUUUGUUAUACAAAUCUUAGCUUUAUCUAUCGUACAAUCGAUACUAUAUGUUGUACAAUUUUACAGUAUUAUCAACAAUUAAAGUAUUUACGACAGAAUACGAGUUGAUUACUUCACAACUGGCCCCGUACAUGAUCACGAUUUCUUGGUUCACCAAAUAAAAACAUAGCUUAACCAU